AUGGCCCUCGCCAGCCGUGCUCUUGCCCUGCGCGGGCAGGUUGCCUCAGCUAUCGCCCCCAGGCCCUUCUCGGCUGCCUGCCGGACGUCUCGGCGUGGUCGUCUGUCGUCAGCGGGUGCUGCCGCUCCGCGCAACCUGGGCGCCGUGCUGGAGGCCCCCGUGGGCCGAGAUGAUCUGAGCGCCCGCCUGGUGUCCGCCGGCGUUCUGACGCUCGGUCGCGACUUCUGCGCCGCCGUCGGCCUCGCCACCAUGGCGCUGGGUUACGCCGCCUCAUCAGGCCUGCUGGACUCCCCCACUCAGGGCCGUCUGGAAAUGCUCUCCACCAACGCCGCCCUCGCCUGGACCGUCUGGCGCGCCGCCGCCCUCAACGCGCGCGUGCUGCGGCGCCGCUACGCCACCGGCGGCGGCGGCGGCGGCGGCUGCGCGGCGGGGGCGGCGCGGCGGGGGGCGGACGCGGAGGCGGACGCGGGGGCGGCGCUGGCGGCGCUGGCAUGGGGGGCGAGCGGGGCGGAGCUAGUGGAUGCGGUUGACUCCCAGGUGCUGGCUGCGCUUGUGGCUGCCCCGAUUGGCGACGGCCGCGCAUCGCCGGUCAAGUCCCUGCAGAUCCAGUUGCUACACAAGGAGGCCACAAUCCAGACGCUGGCCCGCAUGCUGGGAGAGCCCGGCGGCGGCGGCCUGGGCGGCGGCAACGGCGGCAGUCCAAACGGCGGCAGCGGCGGCGGGGCUCUUGACUGA